ACGUUACUCUGUUAGCCUAUUUGGACAUAUAACAGUUUUGAGGAAGUAGAACUAAAAAGAACGAAACAUCGAGUCAUUUUGGAUUAAUCUUAUAUCGUGGCGAGAAUGAAGAGAGAAGUGAGUGCUGGGGUAAACUUUCUAAAAGGUUUGGCAGUGGAGCGUGGAGGUGUGGAUCAAAUUAAAGCCAAACUUUUCGCUACUAAAUUACAAGAGCUUCUGCUUGAAAAGUUCUCAGACCACUGGUACCCAGACAACCCCAGCAAAGGACAGGCGUACAGAUGCAUCAGAAUAAAUGACAGAAUUCCCUGGGAUGAAUCAGUAUCACAAGCAUGCAUGGAGAGCGGCUUAAAGCCAAGGGAGUUGGGCUUUCCUCGGGAGAUCACAAUGUGGAUCGACCCGUUGGAGGUGUGUGUGCGGUCUGGGGAGAACGGCAGAUAUUUUACAGUGGCUCAGUUUGCUAAAGUCGUGGAUGAUGUAAAGCACUUGAAUAAGGAUGACACCUUUAGCCAAGUGGAUUCUGUGAAUCCGGAUACAUCGGACUACCACUCAGCGACCUCAUCUGACUGCGGCUCAGCAGUCUCAAGUGAUACAGAAGAGGACGAAAUGAAAAAAGUGGAGAAGAGAACAGUGGAGAACACAGUUUAUACAACGAGAUUUAAAGCAAGGGAGCCAAAAGGGCAACGCAAGUUUCCUACAGCUCAGGUCCCUGGCCCGCAGUACUUUUACAACCCUGCACCGAUGUGGCCUCAGUACAAGAAAAAGAGAGGCAUGUUCUUCACGACCGUAUGCCCACCGGCUCCUUCUCCUUUGUUCGCUUACUAUGUUGUACCCAAAGCCCCUCCUCAGUUCAUUGUGCCUCACGCUACCCUGCAAACCUGGGGGACAGUGAAAGGGUAAAGAGCUCGAAACCCAUUAGCACAUACACCUGGGUAUGUUAGAGUAUAUUUAUAACGUAUCUGCCAUUCUGCAGGGAACUUUAUAGCUUAUCACAAUGAAAUCGUUA